AUGGAACUCGGCGAUCAGAAACCGUCACAACUUCUUCGACGGAUGAAAGACCUAGCCAGAGACAAAAUCAAGGAUGACACGUUACUUCUUUUAUGGCAAAAUCAUUUGCCGACAGCGGUUCGAGCUGUGCUUAUAGUUACGGACAGCAAGGAUUUGAAUACGUUGGCCUCAGUAGCCGACAAAGUGAUGGAGACCGUCAAACCCAUCAACGUCGGAGAGGUCAGCACAUCGGAUACGACCUCAUUAGCAGCGCAAAUAGCCAGAAUCAAUGUCCGGCUCGAUGAGAUGCAGUCAAGGCCACCGAGACAAAGCAGCAGGUUUUCAGCACGCAAGACUCGAGAGCGCUACGGUAGAGAGGCGCGAUCCAUUUCCCGCGGGCGUCGAAAUCCUACACCUCGUGGUACACCAGCUCGUGCCGACUGGAUGUGUUUUUAUCACUACCGGUUCAAGGAACAAGCGCGUAAGUGCGUGCCGCCGUGUGCUUGGGCCAACAAGCAGCAGAAGCAUACGGAAAACUGA